AUUAAUCUGUAAUAUUAUUAUUAUUAGUUAUUUAUUAUAAAAAGAACGGCGAUACAUCCGUUUUCAUUUUAUUAGGUAAAAUAUUUUAAUAUGGAGUUCAUUACUGACAUAUAUGAAUGCAGUUCUACAUUGAUAGAAGAUUUUAACUCUGUUGAAAAGAAAAUUGAUGGAGACUUAAUAAAAAACUAUAUUAGAGAAAGAACAAACUCAAAUGGGAACAAAUUACCAAAGGAUUUCCACAUAGGACUGGAUUGGAUAAAUACCAGCAAAGCUCUAUCAUUUGAAAAGGAACUGAAAGGAAAGGUCGUCGUUUUAGAUUUCUUCACUUAUUGUUGCAUUAACUGCAUGCACGUUUUACCUCAGUUAAAAGAACUGGAACAUCAGUUCAAAGUUGAAGAUGGUUUAGUAGUGAUAGGUGUUCACAGUCCCAAGUUUGCCAACGAACACUCGACUGCCAAUGUGAGAGCUGCGGUGGAAAGAUACGAGAUAACUCAUCCAGUUGUGAACGACCACAAGGAACACCUUUGGGACAGUUUGGGCAUCUGUUGCUGGCCUACGUUGGUCGUGGUCGGUCCCAGAGGUGAACUUCUUCUGUACUUGAUGGGCGAGAGUCAUGAGAACUUAUUGAAAGCUUUUGUACUAGAGGCUAUCACACUGUUCAAGGACCAACAGCGUAUCUCGGACCAUUCAAUCAAUGAGAUUGGAGCGAGCAAAGAAUACAAGAAGAAUGAAGAAGUUCUCAACUAUCCGGGCAAAGUUUGUGUGAUCGAGAAUGGCUCAGGUAAACUGUUGGCCGUAGCAGACACAGGAAACCACAAGGUGUUGGUCCUGGACCAGUGUGGGAACAUACAGUACAUUAUUGGAUGUGGAGUUAGUGGUUUGAGAGAUGGAAGUUUUGAGGAAACUCAGUUCCAUGCACCCCAAGGACUUGUUUCCAUCGAUGAAAACACUGUAUUUGUUGCUGACACAGAAAAUCAUGCUAUAAGGAAGAUAGACUUGAAGUCCCGGAGGGUUGAGACCGUGGUGGGGGAUGGUAUCCAGGGUGAAGACAGACUUGGGGGCAAGGAGGGGAGAGCACAAAGGAUAUCUUCCCCCUGGGACUUGGUCCGAGUGUCCCCGGACAUCCUGCUCAUAGCCAUGGCCGGGAGUCACCAGCUCUGGGCUUACUACUUGAAUGACACUGUGUGGUGGAAGAAUAAACAAUGCAAGGCCGGUGUGUGCGAAGCGGUUGUUGGCAGCGGCAAAGAAGAGAACCGCAACAACAGUUACCCAAUGAGAGCAGGCCUAGCGCAGCCCAGCGGUUUGACAGUGGCGAACUGUCGACAGAGUGCGUACGUGGCGGACAGUGAGAGUUCGACAGUGCGAGCUGUCAACAUUGUCGAUGGAAAGGUCACCAACGUGGUUGGUGGAAGUGCGGACCCUCAGAACUUGUUUGCGUUUGGUGACAAGGAAGGGUGUGGAGUAGACGCUAAGCUACAACACCCGUUGGCCGUUGCGUGGAGUGACCACAAACAGCUGUUGUACGUAGCCGACUCCUACAACCAUAAGAUCAAAGCGAUUGAUGUGUCCACGCGAAACUGCACCACACUCACGGGACCCGACCUCACAUUCAAUGAGCCUGGUGGACUGUGCACUUCGGAGAACCUCCUAUACGUAGCGGACACCAACAACCACUGUAUUAAAGUGAUCAAUCUGGAGGACAACACGGUUAAAAACAUGGAGUUGAAGUUUGGCAAAGCUGAACCAAAGGAGAAAGCCUUCUCGCCUUCACAUGAGAGUUCUGUGUCUCUGUCUGUUAGCGGAGGGCGAUUGCAGCUGUCUGUGGUUGUUGGUGUUGCAGCUGGUAUUAAACCUCUGAACGAGACUCCGGCUGCCUGGAGCUUAUCACUACCUGAUGAUUGGAGCGAGACAGAGUCCGAAGAUGGCAAGGACGAACUCAGCAAACAUUGGUCUUUAUCUUACCCUCCAACUCCUGCGUCUGGCAACGAUCGUGUGAUCGUACGGUGCAAGCUGUUCUACUGCCACAAAGACGUCUGCGCCGCUAAACAACUUACGUUUCUUGUCAACGUAGCGUUCCAAAAUACUGGUCCAGCUGAUACGUCUCACAGUAUCAAUUAUCAUUUCAGUAUUUAGUUCAUUAUAUCAACCAAGUUCAAGUUCUUUUAAACUGAAUAUUUAACAUUAUUGCUGGUGAUUAUGUUUGUCACUACACUUCCUUAUAAGUAGGAGUGUGAAAUGAAAGUGCAGUUACAUUUUAACCAAAGCUGUUUGUAAAAUAUCAAAGAUUAACUACGCUGAUAAUCCACAUUAUUUUUAACUAAUUUUAAUGGUAUGUAUUAGAUUAGAGUUUUUUUUGCAUUUAACACAGUUGUGAUAACCCAAAUGCCUUUAACGUUUCAGUAUUGCUUAUUAUAUUAUUGUUGAAAAUAUAUUUUUGUU